AGUGGUCUAGCGCCAGCUUGCGUCGAUUAUCGUAUAACGUUUUCACCAAAAAUGGAUGAAUCGGAGGACAACGAAGGGAAAGAACCUGGCAGGAAUUCACCAGUUUAUGAUGAUGCGAAGGAAAAAGGCCCUUGUACCAACUCAGACCAGAAUGAAUUGGAUCAGGAGAUAGAUCAAGCAGAUGAACAAGUGAAGCAGAUGGAAAAUGAAUCCAAAAGUGAUGAAAAAGAGCAUGGACUAGAACCAGGACCUGGACUUCAUCCAGGACCAGGACUUGAACCAGGACCAAGUGGAUGUGAAGGUGUCAAAGAGGAUGAUGGUGUUGGUAUUCAGCCAAAAGAUGAAACAAAUGAAGAUGAAGCCCUCGUGGAUGGAAAUGAGGUCAUUGACGUGGCGAUGGACAAAGUUGCCGACAAAACGGAAAGUAACAUUCCGUCAACUGGAAACGAUGAAAUCCAUGGGGAGGAACAUAAGAUAGAAAUGGUAGCUGAAACUGUGAUGAAUGAUGAGGCUGUGGAUGAAAACCAAGUAAUUGAGGAGCCAGUAGGUGAAUGUAGAAAGAAUGAAAAAACAGAGGACAAACAUUCAGAUGAACCGGAUGAGAUUGAAAUGAAAGAUAUCUGUGAGGAAUAUCCUGAUGCCCCUGAAGACGGUGAGAUAGUCGAGGUUAGUCAACCGAGUACAUCCCAGGAUGUUUCUACUAGUCAGGUGGAAAUUUCCCUGGAAGAGGAGCCUAUCGAUGAAGAAUUUGUGGAGAUAAAAACAUUUAAUGAAGCCAAAGAGAGAAUUGCAGCAUUAGAGGAGAGGAUAAAGACAGAAGUCAAGCACAGAACUGAUCUUAUGAAACAGGUGAGAUCUCUGAGUAAGGAGUUGCACAAGUUGAAAGGAGGGAGUGGUCUUGAGACCCAGAAUGUUGCCGUGCAGACGGAGCCAGAGUGCAUUCAGAUCUACGAUGAGCAAACUUCCAACCCCCAAGCUGAAGUCUAUCAGGUUGUUGAUAGUUCAAGCACAGCUCAACAAGGAUCAUCUACAGCAAGUUCAACUCCUUGGCCUGCUAGCACACAGGCACAGGCGUCAUCAUCAACAGGGUCUCAGUCUAUAGCAGAGAGUUUAAGAGCCACUGCCGAAUAUGCCUUAGCUCGAACCAACGUGGUACUAGAUGAAUAUAGUGGGAUGUACUAUGAUUAUAACUCUGGUUACUACUACGAUCCUAACAACCACCUUCACUAUGAUCCUGCUCGAGGGAUUUACUACUUCUACGAUGAGCAGACACAAUCCUACCAGUUUCAUUCCAAGAUUGACCUGCCAGGGGUUACCGUCGGUGGGACAGGAAGUAGCCGGGGCCAGCCGGAUAGGAGAAGACAGGAGAGAGAUCGUCAGAAGGGAGAUAGAUCUCGGAGGAGGAGAAACCAUCAGGGUCAGAGCAGAGAUGAGCAGUCAGGAAGCAAUGAUAGAGCUUCUACAUCUAGAGUAAUAAAUCCUGAUUGUGAGGUCAUCGAUAUCACCAGCCCUGCCGAAGAUUACCCUGAAAAUGGCACCGAUGUGACAUCCACCGCAACCGCCACAACCACCAGACCCCAAGAACCACAGCAGGACCAAACCGAAGCCGUCGAUGUCGUCGAGAUCGUGGAUGUCGAUGACUCCUCAAGACGUCGUCACAGAAAACGAUUGAAAUACUCGCAUUCCAGAAGGAAACGGAGAAAGGCGGUCGAUGACGAGGGAAGGAAGGAAAACGGAGAGGAGUUACCGGAUGUAAUUGUGAUAGACUCUGAUGAGUCGGACAUGGAAGAAGGAGAGUGUUCGGACAGUUCAUCUGAGAGUGGUGGAUCUUCGAAGGGAGAGUCAAUGGAUGAUGAAGAUGUCAGUGAGGAAUCCAUGGUCAUUGAUGAUGAUGAUGAUGAUGUACAGAGUGUGGAAGCCACAAAAGUUGAUUAUCCACCAUGCAUCAGAAUGAUAGUUGUGAGAUCUGAAUCAAUGAAGCUUGGCUCUCUAUCCAUUGUCACCUGUACUGGAGGUACCAUUGGCAGGGAAGGAUCCAACCAUAUAUUAUUGGUUCCAGAGCUAGGCGUUAGUAAGACCCAUGCACAAAUGUCAUACGAUACUGAAAGGAGAGGUUACACAAUCACAGACCUUGGGAGUCAGAAUGGAACUGUUCUCAAUGGGGUUCCUCUUACACGCAAGUCUCGUGUGAAGAGUGACCCUCAGCCUCUGAGUCACAAGGAUUACUUGACCUUUGGCACCACCACGCUGAGGAUACACAUCCACAGAGGAGACGAGACGUGUGACGAAUGUGAACCAGGCCAGGUUCAAGCUACGUUUAGGCAUCAAAAGGCAAUGGAAGUCACUCCCGUUUUGAGCCAAGCAGACAAAGAGCAACAGAGACGGAAAGAGCUUCGGAAGAUCAAGAAGAAGUAUCUCCUUGUAGGUGCUGAUUACAGUCAAAGGGAGCCCUCUAGAGGUCAUCCUGGGUACAAGGACAGAGCUGAAGAAAGACGUGUUACAGUAGGAAGUGACAAUCCAUACCUACCCAAUGACAUACCUGCAUCGGUUGAUAGAGCUAUAUCUGAUAGCAACAUGGGUCAUAAGAUGCUGAAGAAGAUGGGAUGGAAAGAAGGACAAUCACUAGGCAAGAAUGAGAGUGGUAUCAAAGAACCAAUUCAGGUGUUCCUCCAUGGAAAGAAGUCAGGGCUUGGAGCUGGCAACCAGAAGUCAAUGGACAGUCUAGGUCUCAUCGGCAAGAGAAAGAGUGACAACUGGGAGAGGGCAAGAGACCGGUAUCACUACUUGGACCAAGGAAAUACCAGUGGUGCCAGCACCAGUCAACAAUCCACAAGAUCGCAGGAGAUCAAAUGGGUGAAGGGAACAACUCGGGUGCCUGAGGACCAGACUUCUUCCGCCCCACAGGAUGAUGAUGUUGAGCUCAUUGCUGAGGUGGUUGCUAUGGAGGAUGGGGAGGCAAGGAAAAAUGCGGUUACCAAGGAUAGAGUGUGUGAUGUAGAUAUGGAUGAGGCAGAGAAGAACGAUGGUGCCAAACAGGAGGAUUCGUCAACUGAAAAAGGGUUGUCAAAGAACGGAAUAUGUGCGGAGAAAAAGACAUGUGAAUCGUUGGAGGGAUUGCCUCCAGCUUCUGAAGGCAGUUCAAAGACUAUACCUACAUCCUCAAGCGAUGUGACUAUGAGGAAUGACUUAACUGAAAAUAUGAAUAAUACAGAAUCAGAAUCAAUGUCCAAAGAACCGCUGAAUCAGUUGGAUGGAAAAGAUAGUGAACAAUCCCAGGAAGAGUCGAUGAGUGGUAAGACCGAGGCGAAAGACCAGUCAAGGACACGCUCCAAAGAUGAACAGAAAUCAGUUGAAGUUCCUGCAGAGAGAGAAGCAGCUAAGAAACCCAUCAGGUUUGUCAUCCCACCGAGAAUGAACUCUAAAGGAGAUUCAGGAAAGACGCCUCUGGCAGCAUCAAGGUCUUUCUCUGAGAACAAUGGAGAGGGGACUUCAACAAGAAGGACGCGGCAGUCAAGCAGGAGAGGUAAAGAGAAGAAGGAUAGUAUAGAUAUGUUUGACAAUGGAUAACAAACAAUAAUCAGUGUGUGUAUACUGUUCAUUUUCAUAGACACGUUUCAAUGCAUGUCUGUCCAAAGUUCAAUCCCCAAGACUGAACAUGAAAUAGGUUGAAUUAUACAUUAACAUGUAGCCAAGCCAAUGUUUAUCAGCUUCUCACAAGGAGAUCCAUGAUGCUAUAAAUAUGCAUCAAGGGUUGUAGUAUUUUCUUGUGACCUGACGAGCAUGAGCAAACUUUCUCUCUGUCCUGGGGCCCAUUGCAGAAAGAGUUGCGAUCAAACGCAACUCAAAAAAUCUUGCGCAACUUGAUUUUUAGCCAAUGAAGCACCCGUAAUCGGGACUUGCGGUUAAACGCAACUCUUUCUGCAACAGGCCCCUGGAGAGUAGGAGACGAUCUGUGACAUCUGGGGCUUGUUGCAGAAAAAAAUUACUAUUAUGGUAACUUUGCCAUCCAACGGUAGCUUUCAUGGAAUUCCUGAUUUUGAUUGGCUGAUGAUCAUUGUUACCAUGGUAGUUACCAUUGGAUGGCAAAGUUACCAUAAUAGUAAUUUUUAUGCAAUGGGGCCCUGAGCCCUGUUUUGUAAAAGUAACUGUUAUUUGCAACUUUGGUAUCCAAUGGUAACUACCAUGCUAAUGAUGCACAACAGCCAAUCAAAAUCGAGGAUUUCCUGAAAGUUGCAAUUUGAUGGCAGUGUUACCGUAAUAGUAAUUUUUAUGCAACAGGGAGCAGCCAUGAGCUUCAAGAUAAUGGGCCUGUUCUUAAAGAAUUACAAUUAUAGCAACUUUGCCAUUAUGUUAACUAACAUGGUAAGAGGGCUCAAAGAGACUAUCACAAUCAAGGUUUACAUGGUAGUUAGCAUGUUGGCAAAGUUAGGUCUGAAAGCGGUAUCUGUCUGUGAAAAAAAACUACUACGAAAUAGUUCAAAGGGACUGCUGGUGUAAACAUUAUUGGACAAUUUUAGCUUUAGUAUUCCAAGUAUUAAUUUUUACUGUCUUGGCCAAAGUUUUCCUUUCAUUUUGAUUUAUAGUUUCCUUUUCAGCUUUAUUUUCAAUCAUUCUCACCCACUUUCUAUGAAGUCAGUCAUCUCACCCAUACAUCCCCCUCUCUCACUUGCUUUCAUUAUCUCGCUUAACAAUUCACAAAAAUUUGAUGAAUGUAAUGGAAAAACCAACACUUAA